GUAGGAGCUUCUCUUUUCCGUCCGCCACCUCGGCCUUACCUUGCAUUUUUAAGCGCAUCUAUCGAGACACCAUUCGCAAACACUUGACACCAAACCCGCUACCGUCAUGGCCGACUUUGAUCACUUCGGCAGCACCGAGGAGCUGGCGGAGAUUAAGAAGCUCCAGGCUGAAGUCGAGGCCGAUACAGACAGCUUUGAAAACUGGGAGAAACUCGUCCGCGCCUGCGAGGGCCUCGAAGGGGGUUUGAACCGCAACUCAAGUCCUCAAGCCUUGGCCACGCUUCGCGAUGCGUACGAUCGCUUCCUCCUCAAGUUCCCUCUUCUUUUCGGAUACUGGAAAAAGUAUGCCGACUUGGAAUUCAACAUUUCUGGGCCUGAAUCCGCCGAACUUAUUUACGAGCGAGGAUGCGCGAGCAUCACGAAUUCUGUCGACUUGUGGACCGAGUACUGCUCUUUCAAAAUGGAGACGACUCACGAUCCACCGCUCGUCAGAGAGCUCUUCGAACGUGGCGCGACGCAUGUCGGUCUAGAUUUCCUCGCUCACCCUUUCUGGGACAAGUACAUUGAGUAUGAGGAGCGCCAGGAGGCUGAAGAUCGUGUCCUCGCCAUUCUCCGCCGCAUCAUCAGCAUCCCCAUGCACCAGUACGCUCGUUACUACGAAAAGUUUCGGCAAUUAUCACAUGGGCGCCCGCUUACCGAGCUUGUCGAGCCGGAUGUACUUGCUCGGUACCGAGCCGAGGUAGAGGCGCCCCAUGCCGGCGUGCAGAGACCGGAACUGGAGGUCGAGCGGGAUAUUCGAGCCAAAAUCGACAGCGUGUACUACGAAAUCUUCACUCAGACGCAGAAUGAGACGAACAAGCGGUGGACGUACGAAUCGGAGAUUAAGCGCCCGUACUUCCAUGUGACGGAGCUCGAACAUCAACAACUCGCCAACUGGCGGAAGUACCUCGACUUUGAAGAGGCCGAGGGCAACUACACUCGAGUUGUGUUCUUGUACGAGCGCUGUCUCGUCACCUGCGCCUUCUACGACGAAUUCUGGUUUCGCUAUGCUAGAUGGAUGUCCGCACAAGAGGGCAAGGAGGAGGAAGUUAGGAUCAUAUACCUGAAAGCCGCGACGCUGUUCGUCCCCAUUAGCCGCCCCGGUAUUCGGCUUCAAUUUGCUUAUUUCGAGGAGAGCUGCGGCCGGAUCGACAUGGCACGCGAUAUCCAUGCGUCCAUCCUUACCAAGCUGCCCGACUGCAUUGAGGCCAUCACGUCCUGGGCGCACCUAGAGCGCCGCCAGGCUAGCCUAGACGCGGCGGUGGAGGUUUUCAAGAACCAGAUCGACUCUCCGCAUGUGGACCUCUUCACGAAGGCGGCGUUGGUUGCUGAGUGGGCAUUCUUCCUGUGGAAGGUCAAGGGAUCUGCCGAGGAAGCCCGCAACGUCUUCCUCAAGAAUUCGCAGUGGUACGCAGAUAGCCGCGUCUUCUGGGAGAAGUGGCUCGAGUUUGAGCUGCAGCAGCCGUCGACCGCGGAGACGGAGGAGCAACACGCAGACCGGGUGAAGCACGUGUUUGACGAGUUGCGGCAGAAGAGCCGCCUGUCUGUGGCGACCAAGAAGUACAUGUUCCAGAUUUACCUCGAAUAUCUCCAGCAGCGGGGCGGCAAAGGGGCGAUGAAGCAAUUCCUGCUUAUCGACCGAGAGAUUUUCGGACCACCCUCUGUCUCUGUUUUGGCAGGGAGCAAAAGUGCCGGCAAAGAGGAUGGACUGGCGGGACCGGAGAUGGACGAAGCCACCAAGGCCAAGGCUGAAGCGAGGUAUUUACCAUACUAUCAACUCCAAGGAAGCGCGGGAGUUGAGGGCCAAGGCACAGCAACCUUCCACUGAUUCGCCACGUCUUGCCCGAGCACAUAAACGUUGCUAUGGGGUUUGGGUUCUGUGGAUAGGUACCAGUGAUCAGCGCUGCCUGCAAGGUGAACGGACAGAUAUAGGGCCGUGUCGUCUCCUCCCGAAGGGGUCGUUAUUUUGUAUGAUAACUUCGAUUUUCUCUCUUUGUUCUCUUUCGUUUUUUUUCGGCUAGGUCUUCUCGGCGCGGUGAGGGUUGGAUGUCGUUUUGAGGAGGUCAACUGUGUAUUUACCAGACUCAGAGAGAAGCAGGGGGUGGUUCUUCCGGGCCGAACCCAUUGGCCGGGAUUUGAGAAGGAUGGAAUCAGUGUGUCUUUGUUCAGCUAAAGCAAUCAUGGAUGGUUGAGCUGGCACAGCUGUCUAGGUCAUAUACUUAUGUUCCAAUGGCAUACUCGGCUG